AUGCAAGCCGCGCUCCAAGCACGAUCAAGCUCCGAAGGACGCCCGGCUGCGCCCGAGGCCAGGUUGGCGGAGGUCGUGGAGGAUUCCACGAACUCCAACACCGUACCGACGGCGGAGCCGGAGGAGGAGAGGAAAUCGCGGAAAGCAGCGGAGCGCCUCAUUGAUACCAUGACCACCGAUCACCGGGAAUACGAUCGAGCAUUUCCCGAAUCCCAGGUCUACGCCGUGAAGAAGGUGAGGGAGGAUCGGGUGGCGCGGGAAUUUCCCAAUAUGGACGCGCACUGGGAUGGGUACGACUAUCUUGUCGCUCUCUCCGCGCGAGUUCAACACAUGCGCUCCGUCGACCGGCUCCUUGCCGACCUACCAGACGCCGCCAUCCAAAUCUUCAAGGUGCUGUGGCCUGAGGAGGAGCUGCCGGAGAACAUCACGCUUAUCGCCAACCGGCUCAAGGAUGCCGGCACCGGAUUCGCGAGUGGCAAUGCUCCGCGGCUCGUGCCGGAGCCGACACGCGCGCUGCGCUCCGCAUGCUCCCGGUACCCUGAUCUGAAUCUGGAUGCCCUUCAAGGCAUUUCCGCAGCACGCAACAUGAGCAGGGAGGAGCGGUGGAGCUUGGCCGGCAAGACGGCGCUCGUCACCGGAGGGACGAAAGGCAUCGGGCGGGCGAUCGUGGAGGAGCUCGCCGGCUUCGGCGUCCGUGUGCACACCUGCGCUCGGAGCGACGCCGACGUACGGGAGCGGCUGCGCGGGUGGGACGCCGACACCGACGCGGGGCGGCUGCGCGCGCGCGUCACGGCUUCCACCUGCGACGUGUCCGUGCGCGCCGACAGGGAGGCGCUCAUGGCCACGGCCCGCGCCGAGCUGGGGGAUAAGCUGGACAUCCUCGUCAAUAACGCCGGGCAGACCUUCUUCAGGCCAGCGACAGAGAGCACGGCGGAGGACUACGCCCGCAUCAUGGCCACCAACCUCGAGUCGUGCUUCCACCUCUCCCAGCUCGCACACCCGCUCCUCCUCCUCGCCGGCGGCGGAGUGGUGGUCAACGUCUCCUCACUCGCUGGGUUUAUUGUCUACCCUCAGCUUUCGGUGUACUCGGCGACCAAGGGCGCCAUGAACCAGCUCAGCCGGAGCCUCGCCGUGGAGUGGGCGCGUGACGGCAUCCGCGUCAACUGUAUCGCGCCAGGGGGCAUCCGGACGGACAUCUUGAGGAGCAGCGGCAUCACGCUUGACCCGGAGGUGAUGGGGAUGAUGGUGGAGGCGGAGAACGCACGUGUACCCUUGGGACGCAUGGGCGACCCCGAGGAGGUGGCGUCGCUCGUCUCGUUCCUGUGCAUGCCGGCCGCAUCGUACAUCACCGGGCAGGUCAUCUCCGUCGACGGCGGCCGCACCAUAGCCGCCUAG